ACUCCCCUUUCCAGUCCCUCCGCCCCCCUCUCUCUGGUUCUCCCCGCCUAGCCUUUUCCCUCCCAGCUGUCUGCCUGCCCGGGGUGGUGAGCCGGCCCAACGGCAUGGAGGCACAGGGGCUGCGAGGGGCCCUGGCUCUUCUCCUCCUUAGCACCUUGGUCUCUGCCAGUCAGAAUCUGCAGGUAAUUGACCUGCUGACCAUGGGGGAGUCGCAGCAGAUGGUCACAGUGGCCGAGAAGAUCCGGACCGCCCUCCUCACUGCCAGCGAUAUCUACCUCCUGUCCACUUUCCGCUUGCCCCCUAAGCAGGGCGGUGUUCUCUUUGGCCUCUAUUCCCGCCAAGACAACACUCGCUGGUUGGAAGCCUCUGUCGUGGGCAAGAUCAACAAAGUGCUGGUGCGGUACCAGCGAGAGGAUGGCAAGACUCACGCAGUGAACCUGCAACAAGCAGGCCUGGCAGAUGGGCGCACGCACACAGCUCUCCUGCGGCUCCGUGGCCCAGCCAGGCCCAACCCAGCCCUGCAGCUCUAUGUGGACUGCAAACUGGGUGAUCAGCACUUCGGCCUGCCAGCUUUGGCCCCCAUUCCCCCAGCGGAGGUGGGUGGUCUGGAGAUGAGGACAGGCCAGAAGGCCUACCUGAGGAUGCAGGGCUUUGUGGAGUCUAUGAAGAUGAUCCUGGGUGGCUCCAUGGCCCGGGUUGGAGCCCUGAGUGAGUGUCCGUUCCAGGGGGAAGAGUCCAUCCAUACUGCAGUCACCAAUGCCCUACACUCUGUCCUAGGGGAGCAGAGCAAGGCGCUGGUCACCCAGCUCACCCUCUUCAACCAGAUCCUGGGCGAGCUUCGCGAUGACAUUCGAGAGCAGGUGAAAGAAAUGUCCCUGAUCCGUAACACCAUCAUGGAGUGUCAGGUGUGCGGCUUCCAUGAACAGCGCUCCCACUGCAGCCCCAACCCCUGCUUUCGAGGUGUGGACUGCAUGGAGGUGUACGAAUAUCCUGGCUUCCGUUGUGGGCCCUGCCCUCCGGGUCUACAGGGCAACGGCACCCACUGCUCGGACAUCAAUGAGUGCGCACUGGCAGAUCCCUGCUUCUCAGGCUCUAGAUGCAUCAACACUGUACCCGGCUUCCACUGCGAGGCCUGUCCCCCUGGCUACAAGGGCACACGCAUUUCCGGCGUGGGCACUGACUACGCCCGGGCCAGCAAACAGGUCUGCGAAGACAUUGAUGAAUGCAAUGACGGUAACAACGGUGGCUGCGAUCCCAACUCCAUCUGCACCAACACUGUGGGCUCUUUCAAGUGUGGCCCCUGUCGCUUGGGCUUUCUGGGCAACCAGAGCCAGGGCUGCUCUCCAGCUAGGACCUGCCACAGCCCAGCCCACAGCCCCUGCCAUGUGCAUGCACACUGCCUCUUUGAGCGCAAUGGAGCAGUGACCUGUGCAUGCAACGUGGGUUGGGCCGGGAAUGGGAACGUGUGUGGACCCGACACAGACAUCGACGGCUACCCUGACCAGGCGCUGCCCUGCAUGGACAACAACAAACACUGCAAACAGGACAACUGCCUCUUGACACCCAACUCUGGGCAGGAAGAUGCUGAUAAUGACGGAGUGGGAGACCAGUGUGAUGAUGACGCAGAUGGGGACGGGAUCAAGAAUGUGGAGGAUAACUGCCGGCUGUUACCCAACAAGGACCAACAAAACUCAGACACAGAUUCAUUUGGCGACUCUUGUGAUAACUGCCCCAACGUUCCCAACAAUGACCAGAGGGACACCGACGGCAAUGGGGAAGGCGAUGCCUGUGACAAUGAUGUGGAUGGGGAUGGCAUCCCCAAUGGAUUGGACAAUUGCCCUCGAGUUCCAAACCCCCUUCAGACUGACAGGGAUGAAGAUGGAGUAGGGGACGCAUGUGACAGCUGCCCAGAGGUGGGCAAUCCAACCCAGACAGAUGCAGACAGUGACCUGGUGGGGGACGUCUGUGACACCAACGAGGACAGUGAUGGGGAUGGACACCAGGACACCAAGGACAACUGUCCCCAGCUGCCCAACAGCUCCCAGCUGGACUCAGACAAUGAUGGACUUGGAGAUGAGUGUGACAGUGACGAUGACAAUGAUGGUAUCCCAGAUUAUGUACCUCCUGGUCCUGAUAACUGUCGCCUGGUUCCCAAUCCCAACCAGAAGGACUCUGAUGGCAAUGGCAUUGGGGACGUGUGUGAGGAUGACUUUGACAAUGAUGCAGUGGUGGACCCCCUGGAUGUGUGCCCUGAGAGCGCAGAGGUCACCCUCACAGAUUUCCGGGCCUAUCAGACCGUUGUCCUGGAUCCUGAGGGGGAUGCUCAGAUAGACCCAAAUUGGGUGGUGCUGAACCAGGGCAUGGAGAUUGUGCAGACCAUGAACAGUGACCCUGGCCUGGCAGUUGGCUAUACAGCUUUCAAUGGUGUGGACUUUGAAGGCACCUUCCACGUGAACACGGUCACCGAUGACGACUAUGCAGGCUUUCUCUUCAGCUACCAGGACAGCGGCCGCUUCUAUGUGGUCAUGUGGAAGCAGACGGAGCAGACCUACUGGCAGGCCACUCCCUUCCGAGCUGUCGCCCAGCCUGGCCUGCAGCUCAAGGCAGUGACUUCAGUGUCGGGCCCAGGCGAGCACCUCCGGAAUGCUCUGUGGCACACUGGCCACACCCCUGACCAGGUCCGACUGCUGUGGACUGACCCACGAAACGUGGGCUGGCGUGAUAAGACCUCCUACCGCUGGCAGCUGCUGCACCGGCCUCAAGUUGGCUAUAUCCGGGUGAAGCUCUAUGAGGGUCCCCAGCUAGUGGCAGACUCUGGGGUGAUCAUUGACACAUCCAUGAGAGGGGGGCGUCUCGGUGUAUUCUGCUUCUCUCAAGAAAACAUCAUUUGGUCCAAUCUGCAAUAUCGCUGCAAUGACACAGUGCCUGAGGAUUUUGAGCCAUUCCGGAGGCAGCUGCUCCAAGGAAGAGUGUGACCAGUGUGGCCUGCGGGACUCAGAAUUCAGAUUUUUAGACUCUUUGAGCUCUGGGUCCAUCGUGGAGAGCCCAGGGGGGUCUCAUCUACAACCCCUGGUGGACUUGGACCUAGCACCUGCCAGUAGUUCAGCCCUCGAGGGAGGAUGGCGAGCCCAUUGCACUAACGGCAACUUGUCUAGGGUAUACUUCUCAGGCAUUGACUCCAGCGAGAAAAUAACAAACA